UUUACGUUCGCCAGGGUCUGUCAAGCCCACCGGCUCUCUCACCACCCGUACCAAGAUGGCGGCAGAAGCAGCUGGUGGGAAAUACAGAAGCACUGUCAGCAAAAGCAAAGACCCUUCGGGGCUGCUCAUCUCAGUGAUCAGGACUCUGUCUACCAGUGAUGAUGUUGAAGACAGAGAAAAUGAGAAGGGUCGCCUUGAAGAAGCCUACGAGAAAUGUGACCGUGACCUAGAUGAACUGAUUGUGCAGCACUACACAGAAUUGACAACAGCCAUUCGCACAUACCAGAGCAUCACUGAGCGCAUCACUAACUCCCGUAAUAAAAUCAAACAGGUGAAAGAGAAUCUGCUUUCAUGCAAGAUGCUGUUACACUGCAAACGGGAUGAACUUCGGAAACUGUGGAUUGAAGGAAUUGAACAUAAAUAUGUCUUGAACCUGCUGGAUGAAAUUGAGAACAUCAAGCAAGUGCCUCAGAAGCUGGAACAGUGCAUGGCCAGCAAGCACUAUCUCAGUGCCACAGAUAUGCUGGUGUCAGCAGUAGAGUCUUUGGAGGGCCCCCUGCUCCAAGUAGAAGGACUAAGUGAUCUCAGGCUUGAGCUUCACAGCAAGAAGAUGAACCUGCACUUGGUUCUCAUCGAUGAACUACACCGACACCUGUACAUCAAAUCCACUAGCCGAGUUGUACAGCGGAACAAGGAAAAAGGGAAAAUGAGCUCCCAUGUGAAAGAUGUCUCUCCUGGUCCACUGAUGGAUGUUACAAACCUUCCUACUCCACGUAAAUUCCUUGAUGCCGCUCAGUUUUCUGCUGCUGGGAGCUCAACUGUGAGGGAGAUCAGUCUGCAGGAUAUCAAGGAGGACUUAGAAUUGGAUCCAGAGGAGAACAGCACCCUUUUUAUGGGAAUCCUUAUCAAGGGGCUGGCCAAACUGAAGAAGAUCCCAGAGACAGUUAAGGCAAUCAAAGAGCGCUUGGAGCAGGAACUAAAGCAAAUUGUGAAGCGGUCUACUACUCAGGUGGCAGACACUGGCUAUCAGAGGGGAGAAAACCUCACUGUGGAGAACCAGCCAAGGUUACUUCUAGAGCUUCUGGAACUGCUGUUUGACAAGUUUAAUGCUGUGGCCACUGCCCACUCUGUGGUCCUGGGGUAUCUGCAGGACUCAGUUGGGACUCCUGUGACCCAGCAGGAAGAGAUCAAAUUGUAUGAUAUGGCAGAUGUAUGGGUGAAGAUCCAAGAUGUGCUGCAGAUGCUGUUGACUGAGUAUUUGGAUAUGAAAAACACGAGUACAGCCUCUGAACCAUCAGCUCAAUUAAGCUAUGCCAGUACCGGACGAGAGUUUGCAGCCUUUUUUGCCAAGAAGAAACCUCAAAGGCCAAAAAAUCCUCUUUUCAAGUUUGAAUCAUCUUCCCAUGCUAUCAGCAUGAGUGCUUACUUGAGAGAACAGAGACGGGAGCUCUAUAGUCGGAGUGGAGAACUUCAAGGAGGCCCUGAUGACAAUUUAAUUGAAGGUGGAGGAACAAAAUUUGUCUGUAAACCUGGAGCCAGAAACAUUACCAUCAUAUUCCAUCCAUUGUUAAGAUUCAUUCAGGAGAUUGAGCACGCCUUGGGACUUGGCCCAAACAAACAGUGUCCUCUUCGAGAGUUUCUCACGGUGUACAUCAAAAACAUCUUCCUCAAUCAGGUCUUGGCUGAGAUCGACAAGGAGAUUGAAGGGGUCACCAAAACAGCUGACCCCUUGAAGAUCCUUGCUAAUGCAGAUACCAUGAAGGUGCUGGGCGUACAGCGGCCUCUCCUACAGAGCACAAUCAUUGUGGAGAAGACAGUGCAAGACCUCAUGAACCUGAUGCAUGACUUGAGUGCGUAUUCGGACCAGUUCCUCAACAUGGUGUGUGUGAAGCUCCAAGAGUACAAGGACACCUGCUCUGCGGCCUACAGGGGCAUUGUCCAAUCAGAAGAAAAACUUGUUAUUAGUGCAUCUUGGGCAAAAGAUGAUGAUAUCAGCAGACUCUUGAAAUCUCUACCAAAUUGGAUUAACAUGGCCCAGCCCAAACAGCUCAGGCCUAAGAGAGAAGAGGAAGAAGAUUUCAUCAGGGCAGCCUUUGGCAAGGAGUCCGAAGUUCUUAUUGGGAACCUAGGGGAUAAACUGAUCCCCCCACAAGACAUUCUUCGUGACGUCAGUGACCUCAAAGCCUUGGCCAACAUGCAUGAGAGCCUGGAAUGGUUGGCAGGCCGAACCAAGUCUGCGUUCUCCAAUCUUUCCACAUCUCAGAUGCUUUCUCCCGCUCUGGAGAGCCACGUGCACAUGGACCUCCCCCCUGUGUCUGAGCAGAUCAUGCAGACGCUGAGUGAACUCGCCAAGUCUUUCCAGGACAUGGCUGACCGCUGUCUGCUGGCCCUGCAUCUGGAAGUGAGAGUUCACUGUUUUCACUAUCUCAUCCCUCUUGCAAAGGAGGGGAACUAUGCCAUUGUUGCCAAUGUGGAAAGUAUGGAUUAUGACCCUCUGGUGGUCAAGCUCAACAAAGACAUAAGUGCCAUUGAAGAGGCCAUGAGUGCCAGCCUUCAGCAGCACAAGUUCCAGUAUAUCUUUGAAGGCCUAGGACAUCUCAUCUCCUGCAUUCUCAUCAAUGGUGCCCAAUACUUCAGGCGCAUUAGUGAAUCUGGUAUCAAGAAAAUGUGUAGGAACAUUUUCGUUCUUCAGCAGAAUUUGACCAACAUCACCAUGUCGCGAGAAGCAGAUCUGGAUUUUGCAAGGCAGUACUACGAGAUGCUAUACAACACGGCUGAUGAGCUCCUGAACCUGGUGGUGGACCAGGGCGUGAAGUACACGGAGCUGGAGUACAUCCACGCCCUGACCCUGCUGCACCGCAGCCAGACGGGCGUGGGAGACCAGACCACCCAGAACACCAGGCUGCAGCGGCUGAAGGAGAUCAUCUGUGAGCAGGCCGCCAUCAAGCAAGCCACCAAGGACAAGAAGAUAACCACUGUCUAAGGGAGUGGGCUGCGGGAGGGAGGGGAGGUGGCAGGGGAUGUUGUUUUUGUUCCGUCAGAAGUUAGACACGUUUCUUUCUCUACUGUGCUAUUUUAUUUGUUAUAGAUCUGAGCUGGCUAAGUUCCCACUGCACUGAUGCUUUAGUAGAAAGGUGGUAUUAGAAUUAUGUUCUCUUUCAUGUCAGCUGUUCCUAUGAACAUACAAGGAAAAGUUUGGUCCAGGUCUUGAUGUAACAGCUACUUGAGUGCAGUCUUCCCCCAGGGGCUAGGAUGGACAGGGCGGAAGAGUGUGCCAAGAUAUGGGAGACUUGGAAAAAAAAAAAAGAUGGAUAGCAUGAAUUACUAAUUCAUGUUCUGAUUAUUGCCUAACAAAUAUACAGUUCCAGCCUGGAAAGCCGGCAACAGCCCAAGUUUGAGGCCUGUCCUCAAACCAUUCAAUAGAAUUCCACCACACAAACAGUAGAAUUUGGAUUCCCUUUCUUUUGCCAGAUUAGAAGGCAAUAAAAUAAGUGCACAUUGCUUUCGAUCUGUAUUGCCAAAAUCAAAUCAGUGGCUUCUCGGUUGGCUGUGGCAUUCAAGAGAUUUCCCCACCAAAACAGGAGCUCCCUUCUCAAUCCCUGGGAGACUGCGUAUGCUGUAGCUUCCGCCCAGGCUGUAAGUUGGUUGGGAGCCAUCUUGUUCUAUUUCUUCUGUUAUCUAAACCAAGAGUCAUAACAUUAGGAGCAAGUAUGGAAGCAUGGAAGGUAAUUCAACCCUCUGCUUGCUUUGGGCAUCUAAAUUUCCAAGAAUAAAUAAUGGCUGGAAAAGU